CCCCCCCCCCCCCGGGGAGAGUCCCAGCCUUGGCUAUGGUUGCUCUCUGGCUGAUCCUGUCUGGACUCGGGCGUCUCUUCGCCUGUCAGCUUGGGAUUCCCCAGCUUGCAUUUCCGGUAGUCAAGUACAGUAGGUUCUCGGCCUGAACCACUCCGUUGUCCGCUUUGCAGCGUAGGAUGCCCCUCCUUGGCAACCAUCUAUUUAAUUUCUCCUGCUGGCUGCUCUUUACUUUUUCUUUAUCUUAUUUCUAGCCCUGCUCUGGACGAGGUAUCACCCGUCUAUCGUUGUCUAUUCUUCUUCAGCCCCAGGGCUCCUGUAUUUAUCUCUACAGCCUUCAUCUGACUGCAGUAUUCCUCUCGGCUUACAUUCACCACCCCACACAGUUUUAGUUUCCCUGACUCUCAAAAACUGCUUCAAAAUGGGAUCUCCUGGCAUUGACCUCGAUGUCGCCCCAAAUCCUCGCACGAAAGAGGAAAAUCAGGAACGAGCAUUCAUUGCAGCUUCGAGACGGAAAGAUAGAAGCCUCGAUGCCCGCGUUGAGUCGGCCAACCGGGCCUCCAGCCUGCACAAGCAACGCACCGGCAAGGCUCUUCUCAUCAGCAGAGACAUUGUGGAGCGAGAGGCAAUGUACGAAGAGGUGGAUGAUCGCUACCAAGAGAAGAUCAACCGAAUGCUGCAUGCUCAGUCCAUGCAGCUACAUGCCGAAUUUAACCGGAACCUAAUGGCCGCCUGGCAUGGUGCGCGUCCCGGCGGUGGUCUGCAUCAGCGGCGAGCUGCGAGUGCACAUAUGAAUCCGCGCGCUUCGAUCAACGGCAUACGCAAGAUGAGCCUUGAUCUGUCCGGGCUGCGAUCUUCCAUCGCAGAGGACUGCAGGGUGCAGCCCGGACCAAUGACUAGUCCGCUGUCGGCGAACCCUAGCAGCUACGUGCUCUCCCCUGAUUUAGACGGGGCUGCGCAGUCGCCGUCGUAUCCCAACGUUGUUCCUACCUCGGCGGGCCAAGUGCCAUCCUACAUUGCCCAGGUGGGCGGACCCACCUGGUCCCCCGUCGCCCACCAACAGCAGCAACUCGGCCCGCAGCAGCCCUUCCGGUCGCCCUGGACUGCAGGCUAUCUAUCACCUCAGCUACAGCAGCCUACAGCCUCUCUAGGAGAGAUGGCCGCGAUGCCAGUGCGGCAGUUUAGAGACCGCAUGGCGUCCGCACCGGUCAUCCCAGUCCACACCAUGGCCGCUUCCCCUUUGAUGGGCACUCCUGCCGUGGGAGGAACAACAACCACAGCUGCUGCUACCGUGACUCCCCCAACUCCGGCGAUGAGCCGCCCGGUUAAUGUGAUCCAACACAACCGCGUCCGAUCGGAGCCAGGUCAAACAGUUCUAGCACACGGCCUGCCUACCACUACAAUGUCGCAAAUGAGCUCCCCGCGCGGCAGUGGGCAGGACAUGGGGUCUUCUGCCGAGCCUAUUAUCCCAACGCCAGAUUUAUGUCCUACGCCGAGUACGCCACACUCCCCUCAUUCCACAGGGCAGAACGGUGGUGUUUGGGGACUGGACCUGAAUAAGGAGGAGGGUGUGGAGGUGACAUACCAAGCUGAUCAUCUGGAUCCCGAAUAUGAUGAAUUUAGCCGCUUCGCAUUUGGAUUGGGCAGUGGCAGCCAGCUACCGGAGGCGGAUGUGGGUUUUGACGAAUUUUUCACAUUGGAAGAGUACCCCAUCAGUGCUUGAUGCGUGUUUCGUUGGUUUCUCUUCUUUCUGCGACUCUACCGACUAUAUUUUUAGUAUUUGUCUUAUUACUUGAUCGGUUGGGAGGAUUUGAGGCAGGAGUGCUUGUGCAUGGGCUGGACUUAUAUCUGUACAAUUUGUACACAAGGAGGGGAGGUGGAGAAGUACAGCAAUACCCGAAGACUAUGGCGUUGAUGUGAUCCGAUCUGCGAGCAGGUACGGACAUGCGUGAUGGAUAUAGUGAUUCAACUACUACUACUUCUGAUACUACUACUACUACUAGUACAAAAUAAUGAGAGACGAUGCCUUACC